AUGAGGAAUAGUUUCGGAACGAACUCGAGUGUCGACGAACAGUUCGAGACGAGCGCCGAUUUUUUUGGGGCGCUCAUAGAUGUUGGGAUGGCUUCGCGGUGCGCAGGCACCUUGCAGACUGCGGCGACUGCUUCGGAGCGCGUGACGCUUUUGAUCACACCAGAUGACGCUUUUGAGAGAGCUUCACUCAUCAUGAAUAAAGGAUUGGAGGAAAUUUUAAAAGAUGAACAUUUAGUGUGCGAUAUUUUGGAGUCUUCCAUAAUUUUUGGCUCACUCGAUCCACGUGAUGUUCAAGACGGGACGCAACUCAACACCGCGUCAUCGACCGUGCCGAGGCUGCGAGUUUCGAUCGUGCAAGACGUUAACAUUCGCAAGCUGAAGAUAUAUAGCGACGCUGGACCCACCGUGGCGGAUGUUUUUGCCACAGAUAUAGUCGUGUGCUCACAACUACGCGGUGUCCUUGUCUCAGACCUGUUGAUCCCGUGGCUGGCUCCUGACUUGUUUCCGAGCGUUUUCAAAAUUGCUGGAUAUUUGCCACAGCUUAGUAAGACAAUGGAAGCGCUUCGAGUCACGGAGUCGUUUCGAGUCAUGUUCGAAUCAAACGAAUACAAGUAUGAUGGGUCCGUAGCGAAAUCAAGUGUGGUCAACUGCGCAAUAAACAACGGAUUUCGAGCUUAUUUCCUGCCUUCAAAUCGAGCUUGGAGACACUUUUUCCUCAAAACUGAACUGACCGAGUCCGCUGUCUUCGCUGAUCACGCUCUACUUCUGAGCAUUCUUCUGUACACCGAGCUGCAAGUACAGGGAGACGUGGCACAGGAUGCCUUGAUGUCUUACCUCUCGACAAGCUUCGAUGCGAGUCAGCGACUACGCCCAGUUGGUGCGUCGUCAUUUUUGAGCGCUUUCCCGGGUCAAGUAGAAAUUCCUUGGUUACGCCUACAGGUGGAUGUUUCAAGAAUUAUGCCUCGAUACAUGAAAUUAUCUGGGAUUUCGACAAGUUCACGCUUUGAGAACACAGCGCAAGUGGUGGCUUCCGAUAUCGCCUCUUGUACUGGGGUCGUGCACGUUAUAGAUCAUGUCUUGAUUCCACCGACACUGACGGCAUUUCGUCAGUUAUCGUUGCGCAGAGACCUUUCCAUGUUCACAGAAAUGUUGCGUGCCCCCGUGAAUUCUGAGUUGCUGUUAGAGCUCGAUACGCCUUCUGAGAGUAAUGUUUUCGUAGACAGCAUCGUCUUUGCACCCACAGAUUUAGCUAUAAAGCUAACUUUGACGUAUUUGGGUUGGAGUUUUGAGGAUUUACUGCAACAAGAGGCUUUGGUGGAGCAAUUUGUGACGUACCAUGUCGUCGGCACAAGAAGCGGUGCAGGAGCACCAGAGAGACUUCAAUUUCGAGUGGGAUUCAUUCGCGAUCAGCAGCAACUCACAACGCGACUGGCGUACCCUAUUUUAUCCAAGCGUUCCGCCAACACGUUUGAAGGAACACCAAUAGCCAAAACAGUCAGAGUCCUUUCUGCGCUAGACACAAAGAAACUCCUUUUUGCUCCCCGGUACAGCCUCCAGGGGCGCUUGAAUACCGCGCAAUUCAUUACGACGGACGUUCCGUCGACGAGCGGUGGCAUAGGUAUCAUCAAUGGAGCGCUGAUCCCUCCCACAGCGGAACUUGGUCUGAGUUUGUACGAUCGACUUUGGCGCACGCCGACGUUACGUGUGUUCCGAGAGUUGAUCAACGUGCUCGGUCUCCAGCGCGAGUUUCGCGUACAAGGAUUCGGGAACGGAGACACUACCAUUUUUGCACCGACGAACGCGGCUUGGUUUGCGCUUCUGAGCGAAUGGACGACGACGCAGGAGGAUCUCAUUGGUAGCUCGACGGCUCUCCUAUUUGACAUUAUUUUAUUUAUGAUUGCACCACGAACGGAGCAUUUUCUCGACGUUGAAAGAGAAACUUACGCACCAUGGCAAUCGAAAGACGCGAGAGACGGAGAUGAAAUCAUAACUGCACUGUCGGUUUACACUUCGAGUGCAAAUAUAAUGCGAUUUGGAGCGCAGCAACGCUGCAUAGGGCAGGUAUGCACACCAAUCAACGCGUUUAUAGCGGCUCCACGCAUCAUCGGUCCAACGGCGAGCUCUUCCAUCUCACAGAGUGCACCUCGAGCAAACUUUGCGCGGAUAAUUUCGCCGGUACGCGCGUGUCUUUCAUUGCUCAUUUUCAACGCACACAUCAAUCCAUACGUGCAGGAUAUGUCAACAGGUCAGCACGCUCUGAAUGGUGAGCUGUACACGGUUGACAAAGUGCUGCUACCGCGUUUUCACGACGUCUGCCGCACUGCGGAUUUCACGUAUCGGCGCGGCCAUGCGUUUGAGUUGAGCGAAGGUCGCAUUCGGCGAUUCGGUCAAUGCAAGUCUCCGCCUUGCUCCUACACGCUUCCAGGUCUUUACGGUCGGGCGGGCUUGAGAAUAUCAGUGGAGGCCGUCGUCACGUACGAUUCAUUACCGAUCUGUGAUCCUUGGUGUUUAUUAAUUACAUGGUGGUGGUGCAUACCUUGUACUGGCUUGAUUGCUCAAACGGUGGCGACGAUCGGAGGAUGCGCGCCAUACCAGACAUCUUGCGGCGGCUCACUCGUACUCUUCGUUACGGACGCGGGAGAAGUGCGAUUCGGCGCGCAGACGUUCAUGGACUCGUACAACAACAGCCCACUCGAAUUGGGCGGAGGCUUGCGCAUCGUCGAUGUUUCGGUGCCGGGCAAAGGCUUCGUAGCUCGGGAUGGAAUCCGAUUCAAGGUGCUUUGUACGUAUGAUGGCGUAUCGAACACGACAAAGAUCUACAUAAAUGACAAGUUGAGAGGCAUAGCAGAUCCAUACACCAUGGGCCAAUUCGUGUUCCAACCUUUCUACAACGUGUCUGGCAACUUGCAUGAGAAGAUAACGUUGGGUAACGGUGAGCACUCGAGUGAUCCAAUCGGACGGCCAAGUGAUCUUUUAGAAAUGUAUGGAGACGCUCCAGGUACCACGAGCGCACGAGAUCGCACGUUACCAGCGAUUGGACACUUUGCGGUGUAUGAAGCCUCACCACUCUUCGAAGGCUCCCAGCCGACUCAGUACUUCCUUCCCUGGACAGGGAUCAUUCACGAUGUUUUCGUAUACUUCGACAACGGAUUAUAUCAAGGCAUUCGAUAUCCGUCAACAUGCGUGCAUUUGGAGCCCAGGGAACCGGAAAUCGAUGAUUUUACAAAUCUUGUGACAAGUCGACGGCGGUUGCAAACAGCGGUCGUUCCUGGGGUACGGAUCGGGGCUCGUCGGCAUCGUCGCGAAAAUUAG